AUGGCCGCUCAGAUUCCCGCCACCACCAAGCAGUGGUCGCUCAGCUCCCUGGACGGCAGCGAAGGCUUCGAUGCCCUCAAGUUCACCGAGGUGCCUGUUGAUCCGCCAGGAGACAGCCAAGUCUUGGUCAAAAUGGAGGCUGGAUCUCUCAACUACCGCGACAUCAUCAUCCCGCUGGGUAAAUACCCCUUUGCCACCAAGCAGAAUGUCAUUCCGGGCUCCGACGGCGCCGGCACCGUCCUCGCCGUCGGCAGGCACGUCUCGCGCUUCAAGCCCGGCGACAAGGUCGUCACGCUCUUCAACCAGGAGCACAUUGGCGGGCCCAUCAACGCCGUCAACAACGCGACCGGCCUCGGCGGCGCCCUCGACGGCACGUUCCGCGCCGUCGGCGCCUUCAACGAGCAGGGCCUCGUGCACCGGCCGGCCGCCCUGUCCGCCCUCGAGGCCGCGACGCUGCCCUGCUCCGCGCUGACGGCCUGGAACGCCCUCUACGGGCACACGGACGGCGCGCUGACGGCCGGCCAGUGGGUGCUCACGCAGGGCACCGGCGGCGUGAGCAUCGCGGCGCUGCAGUUCGCCAAGGCGGCCGGCGCGCGCGUCAUUGCCACCACGGGCUCCAAGGACAAGGAGGCGACGCUGCGGAAGCUCGGCGCCGACCACGUCAUCAACUACAAGGAGACGGUCGAAUGGGGCGCCGAGGCGCGCGACAUCACGGGCGGCGUCGGUGUCGACCACGUCGUCGAGGUGGCGGGGCCAACGUCGAUGCGCCAGAGCAUCAAGGCCAUCAAGACGGCGGGCAUCAUUACUAUUAUCGGCUUCGUGGGCGGCACCGAGCACGAGAAGGAGCCGAGCUUCCUCGAGUGUCUCAGCAACCUGUUUACCGCGCGUGGUGUGCUUGUGGGUAACAGAGUGCAGCUCGAGGACAUGUGCCGCGCCAUCGACGCUAACCCUGACAAACUGCGACCUGUCAUUGAUGACAAGGUAUUUAAGUUGGACCAGCUCAAAGAGGCAUAUGAGCAUCUGCAGUCUGGGAAGCAUUUUGGCAAGGUCUGCAUCAAGAUUGACUAG